AUGGCAAAUUAUUAUGAUCUCUUUCAGGAUUUAAGCCAACUUCAGGAGACAUGGCUCACCGAAGCUCAAGUUCCUGAUAGCGAUGAGCAAUUUGUUCCUGACUUCCACUCAGAGAACUCAGUGGCAUUCCACAGCCCGCCUGUGAAGAUCAAGAAAGAGCCUCAGAGUCCCGGCUCAGACCCCAGCCAGUCUUGCAGUCACAAGCAGAGCUUCAGCUACCCCAAUGGAGAGCAGUGCCUUUACGCCAGGUCAGUCAAAAGCUGAAUGCUGUUGCUUGAUGCCUCUCACUAGAUGCUUCUUUCUCAAACAUACUUUGUUGGCAGAACAGUUAAUAAGGCAUUCUUGCAUUGCAAAAGCAUCUUUCAGAGCCUGUGUGUUAAUCAAGGUCUUGUUUUCCCUCCCAGUUCCAGGUUCCCCUCCGGCUCUGCUGAGGUGUGCCCACCAUUCGCUUCCCAAGGCCAGACCCUGCAGCGUAUACAUCCUGCCCAUGCCACCGGGGGCGGAGGUGGUGGUUACCAUCGGCAACACUCUGACCCGUGUUUGCCUUAUCCUCCUCAGCAGAACUUCAAGCAGGAGUACAUGGACCCGCUGUAUGACCGAGCAGCCCACAUGGCUGGGCCACAACAUCAGAGGUUUCCUCCUGCCCAUAUGAUGGUCAAACAGGAACCCACUGACUACACUUACGAACCUGAUGUGCCUGGUUGCCCCUCCAUGUAUCAUCACAAUGAGAGCUACCCCAACCCACAACACAACAGUGAAGGUCACAUGUUUGAAAAUGAUUCCCGCGUUGUUCCUGAGAAAUUUGAAGGUGAGGUGAAGCAGGAAGGAGGCGGUGUGUUUCGUGAAGGCGCCCCCUAUCAGCGCCGUGGCUCACUUCAGCUCUGGCAGUUUUUGGUGGCCCUCCUCGACGACCCUGGCAAUGCUCACUUCAUUGCAUGGACCGGCCGUGGCAUGGAGUUCAAACUCAUUGAGCCAGAGGAGGUGGCAAGACUCUGGGGGAUGCAGAAGAACCGUCCAGCCAUGAAUUACGACAAACUGAGUCGUUCUUUGCGCUACUAUUAUGAGAAGGGAAUUAUGCAAAAGGUGGCGGGUGAGCGUUAUGUUUACAAAUUUGUGUGUGAGCCGGAGGCUUUGAUAUCCUUGGCUUUUCCUGACAAUCAGCGGCCAAGUCUGAAGGCAGAAUUCGAACGCUACGUCAACGAGGAGGACACUGUGCCGCUGUCUCACCUCGAUGAGGGGGUGUCUUACCCUUCUGAACCAGCUGCCACCAACAUGGGCCCUCAGUCGUACUCUAAAGGCUACAUGUACUAAUGCCACCAACAUUCUCCCAUGUUCCCCAUCCCAGUUUACUACCCGCUGCACCUAUUGCACAUGCCCACCCCAUCCACUUGUAUAUAAGGCUGUUUUUUUAUUUUUGUUUUUUGAUUAAAUUAAUCUCAUUAGGGACUCUGCAUUCCUAUCACUUCUGAGGCCUAUCUAAUCUAAACACAGUACUGUGGUUCAAGAGAUUGCUUAAUAAAGACCCAAUACUACUACUA